UUGACCGAUAUACGUGUCAAUCGCUGGCGCGUGAACUUAAAAAAAGCUCCUUUGAUGAAUAACAUAUAUUUUGGGCUAUUGGUCUUUUUAUAUAUUCGUUAAUUUCAAGUCUUUGCUUUUCAAUUUCAAUCCCUCCGCUUUUGCGCUCGACUCUCUCUCCACGCACACCCGCGCGCGCGCUACCUCGCAUUUCGUGGGAGAAAGUAAGAAGAGGGAGAGAGACAGAGGGAGAUUGAGAGAGAGAAAGUGAUUUGAAGCCUCUCUCCGCUCUCUCAGCUUUCCUGGUUACUCGGAUUCAAUGGGGCUCUAGCAUUAAGGAUUUCAAGCUGUAAACCUACAUAUUUAUUUCCCGUCCCCUUUUUUUCUAUUUAAAUUGUACAUAAAAUAGAUAGCCUAACUUAUUGAAGAACAAGUAAAACUAAACCGGUUGGAACAAACACUUAGGAACUAUGGAUAUUCGGAAGAAGCGGAGGCCGUGGUGCAUGGAGACGUCGCUCGCGCUUCUCCUGUGCGUAACUCUGGCACAAGCAGAUCCAGUCGAUGUUUUGCGGGUGCUGCAGUUGCCUUCCCUUCCUGAAGGUGUGCAGAAGGUUCCAGGUUUCUGUACCUCCCGUCGGGCCGGCACAGCUGAUCAUGCCUACCGCAUCACCAAGAAAGCUCAGAUCACUGCACCCACCAAACAGCUCUUCUCAGGACGUUUCCCGGAGAACUUCUCCAUCAUGACCCUAGUAAAGCCCAAAGCUGGUCUUCAGGCCUUCCUCUUGUCCAUCUACAACGAGCAGGGCGUACAGCAGCUGGGUCUGGAGCUGGGUCGUUCACCCAUCUUUCUUUAUGAGGACCAAAAUCGCAAACCCUCCCCAGAAGAUUACCCACUGUUCCGAGGGGUCAACCUGGCCGACGGCAAGUGGCACCGUAUUGCUAUUUCCGUCCAGAAGAAGAACAUUACCCUGAUCCUGGACUGCAAGAAUCGUAUAACCAAAGCUCUGCCUCGUAGCAAUAACCCAGUCUUGGACACUAAGGGCAUCACUGUUUUUGGGGCCCGUCUGCUGGACGAGGAGGUCUUCCAGGGUGAGAUCCAGCAGCUGCUGAUCGCAUCCAACCCUCAGGCUGCUUAUGACUUCUGUGAGCACUACAGCCCUGACUGUGACUCCCCGCUGCCCAAGGUUCAGUCCCAGGACCCCAACACCCUCGACAGAAAGGCUAGCAAAUCCUCAACCAAACUCACUGCUGGUCCCAAAUCCACAAAAGAGAAACCUGCUUCAGCUAAACCAGCUAAAGCCAAGCCUGCUCUGACAAAGCCCACCCCAUCUGCCAAACUCGGCAAGGCCAAACCCACUCCAGCGCAAAUCUUACUUUCCAAAAUCAAACCUACCAAAUCGGCACCCAAACCGAAAGCAACACCAGCUCCAAAGAAUGGCAACCAAAAGAAAGCCAACGACGAUGGAAAAGUGAACGGUGGUGCUAAAGCUAAUGGUAAUGGCAAAAUCAAUGGAGAAGCUAAGGCUAAAGCUAAUAAUAAUGGCAAUGGGAAGACAGCUAAUGGUAAUGGCAAAACAGUUGCAAACAAAAACGCCAACGGUAACGGCGUGAAAGUAGUAAAGACUGAAAAGGCAGCAGUAAGCAAAGUAACAAUAUCAAAGAAGUCAGAAACAACCAAAAAGACCACAGUGACCAAAACUGGGACCAGCGAGGCCAAAGCUGCGACUGUGAAAACUAUAGCGAAGGCUGCUAACCAAGCCCCCGCAAAGACGAAAGUGACCAAAACUGUCGUAGAGAAGGUCAAAGUAGCUUCUGUCACUCAGAAGCCUGUUUUCAAACCUGCACCUUUGCCCAUCCCUUCAAAGCCCAGGACCCUGGAUGUCAAUAACGUCAAAUCGCAUUCCAAAAACUUUCCGCCCUUCGACAAGGCUGUUGUGAGUGGCGCGACCAUCUCUUCGCCCAAGAAGAAAACAACCAAUGGCUAUCAACAGGAUGUAGAUCCUGCUUACUCAGAGGCUGACCCCACCCCCUCAGAGACUGAUUAUUAUUACCCGAUAGAAGAAGAGGCGGGCCCAGAGCCAGAGAGUGAGCUCACUGGAUAUGAAGAAACCAGUAACAAGGUUGACGAGCCUUUACCAGCUGAGGACCUAGACAUGACCAAGACAGGUGGUGAAGGGGUGUCUCAAACGCCCGACGAGCCCUUCACUGACGAGUACAUAACAAGCGACUUCGGAAUGAAGGAGUAUGACUAUUCCUACAAGGACUACAACGAGCCCAUCUCUGAAACCAAGGCGGAAGACACCUUUGGACCCGCCCUGUCUGCUGUGACAGAUGAGGGUGGUGCUUCUGUUCGAGCCCUGAAGGGAGAUAAGGGAGAUCCUGCUCUCCUUGAACCUGGCAUGCUGAUUGAAGGACCACCUGGACCAGAAGGACCAGCAGGUCUCCCUGGCCAUUCAGGACCCAGCGGCCCUCCUGGUUCUGUUGGUGAUCCUGGUGAGAGGGGUUUUAACGGUAAGGCUGGUCUACCUGGAGCCGACGGCGUCCCCGGACCCCCAGGAACUUCUCUCAUGCUUCCCUUCCGCUUUGGACAGAGUGGUGGCGACAAAGGUCCCAGCGUCUCAGCACAAGAAGCCCAAGUACAAGCCAUUCUGUCUCAGGCCCGGUUGUCUCUGAAAGGUCCAUCUGGGCCAAUGGGCUUCACUGGCCGUACUGGACCAGAGGGAAUGUCUGGAAGUCCCGGCUUAAAGGGAGACAGCGGUGAUCCUGGUCCACAGGGUCCCAGAGGUCCUCAUGGAUUGUCUGGUCCUCCUGGCAAAUCUGGUCGAAGGGGUCGUGCUGGUGCUGAUGGAGCCAGAGGGAUGCCAGGAGAGUCUGGAGUCAAGGGUGACCGUGGCUUUGACGGCCUUCCCGGUUUGCCUGGUGACAAGGGCUAUCGUGGUAACACUGGAGGAAUGGGACUCCCCGGACCCCCUGGAGAGGACGGAGAGAGGGGAGACGACGGAGAUGUCGGACCCAGAGGUCUUCCAGGUGAAUCGGGCCCUCGUGGUUUGCUGGGGCCUAAAGGGCCUGCUGGACUUCUUGGACCUCCUGGUGUUCGUGGAAAUGAUGGUCCACAUGGUCCAAAAGGAAGCUUGGGACCACAAGGCGAGCCAGGUCCUCCAGGACAGCAGGGGGGACCAGGAACACAGGGAAUGUCAGGGCCUCAGGGUGCUCUUGGGCCAGCAGGAGAGAAAGGACCCACAGGAAAGCCAGGUCUCCCGGGCAUGCCCGGAGCUGAUGGCCCUCCAGGUCAUCCAGGAAAAGAAGGGCAUUCUGGAACCAAAGGAAAUCUGGGUCCAAAUGGUCCUCAAGGAUCUAUUGGCUAUCCUGGCCCUCGGGGAAUAAAGGGAUCUCAAGGUAUCCGUGGACUUAAGGGCCAUAAGGGAGAGAAGGGAGAGGAUGGUUUCCCUGGAAUCAAAGGAGACUUUGGUGUCAAAGGAGAGAGGGGUGAGCUUGGAGUAUCCGGCCCUAGAGGAGAGGACGGCCCUGAGGGUCCGAAGGGUCGUGUCGGCCCCCCUGGUGAGAUCGGUCCUCUCGGCCUCUUGGGAGAGAAGGGUAAACUCGGUGUGCCUGGACUUCCCGGAUAUCCUGGCAGACAAGGAAUCAAGGGCUCCCUUGGUUUCCCAGGAUUCCCAGGUACAAAUGGCGAGAAGGGAGCAAGGGGUUUGAUUGGAAAAACUGGUCCAAGAGGUCAGCGAGGGCCAACGGGUCCAAGAGGGCAGAGGGGCCCUCGAGGCUCAACAGGAAAACCAGGUGCUAAGGGUGGCUCAGGCAGUGAUGGGCCUCCUGGACCACCAGGAGAGAGAGGACUUACUGGACCUCAAGGGACAAAUGGAUUCCCCGGGCCAAAGGGACCUCCUGGACCUCCCGGGAAAGAUGGACUGCCUGGACACCCCGGACAAAGAGGCGAAGUUGGUUUCCAAGGCAAGGUUGGACCUCCCGGACCACCAGGAGUUGUUGGACCACAUGGUCCUUCUGGUGAGACUGGUCCCAUGGGUGAGCGUGGCCACUCAGGACCCCCAGGGCCACCCGGUGAGCAGGGUCUUUCUGGACCAUCUGGUAAAGAGGGAACCAAAGGUGAUCCCGGUCCCCCUGGUGGGCCCGGUAAAGACGGACCCCCUGGACUAAGAGGAUUCCCAGGAGAGAGAGGAUUACCAGGAACACCGGGUGGCGGGGGACUGAAAGGAAAUGAAGGCCCUGCAGGACCACCUGGAACCGCUGGAUCUCCUGGUGAAAGAGGACCUGCUGGUACUGCCGGCCCUGUCGGCCCACCCGGGCGCCCUGGACCUCAAGGUCCCCCUGGAUCUUCAGGAGAGAAGGGAGUGCCGGGUGAGAAAGGUCCAAUUGGUCCAGCUGGCCGUGAUGGCAUCCAAGGUCCGGUUGGUCUUCCAGGCCCUGCUGGAACUCCAGGUGUCGCUGGAGAGGAUGGAGACAAGGGUGAAGUUGGGGAACCAGGACAAAAGGGAGGUAAAGGAUCCAAGGGAGAACAUGGUCCUCCUGGUCCACCUGGGCCAAUGGGUCCUGUUGGACAGCCUGGUGCACAUGGUGCUGAUGGUGAGACAGGUGCCAGAGGUCAACAAGGGCCAUUUGGUGCUAAAGGAGAUGAAGGAACCAGAGGAUUUCCUGGACCUCCCGGUCCCAUUGGACUGCAGGGGUUGCCUGGACCAGCAGGUGAAAAGGGAGAGACAGGAGAUGUUGGGCCAUUGGGCCCUCCAGGUCCUCCAGGGCCCCGUGGUCCAGCUGGUCCUAAUGGAGCUGAUGGUCCUCAAGGUCCUCCUGGAGGUUUGGGUAAUCCAGGUCCCAUAGGACAGAAGGGUGAGCCUGGUGAAUCUGGGCCACCUGGUGUUGGUGGAGAGCCAGGAAAACUGGGUCCGAGAGGAGAGCGUGGUGAGAAGGGAGAGGCCGGUCAGCCCGGCACACCUGGUCCUGCUGGUGGAAAGGGACCUACUGGAGAUGAUGGACCUAAAGGAAACCCUGGUCCUGUUGGUUUCCCCGGUGAUCCUGGCCCACCUGGUGAAGUCGGACCAAGAGGCCAAGAUGGAGCAAAGGGAGAUCGUGGAGAGGACGGUGAACAAGGAGAAGCUGGGUCUCCUGGACCAACUGGUGAGAACGGACCACCUGGACCUCCAGGAAAGAGAGGUCCCCUAGGAACAAGAGGACCAGAAGGCCGUCAGGGAGAGAAGGGAAGCAAGGGAGAUUCAGGUGCAGUUGGCCCUCCAGGAAAAACUGGCCCUGUGGGGCUACAAGGUCAACCAGGAAAACCAGGAACUGACGGUCUCAGAGGGUUACCCGGAUCAGUCGGUGAACAAGGUUCUCCAGGUGCUGCUGGCCCGAUGGGACCUCCUGGACCACUGGGUCCUCCAGGUUUACCUGGUCUCCGUGGUGACCCCGGUGCUAAAGGUGAAAAAGGACAUCCAGGUAUGCUUGGUCUGAUCGGGCCUCCCGGUGAACAAGGAGAGAAGGGUGACAGAGGGAUGCCAGGACCUCAGGGAUCACACGGAUCCAAGGGUGAAACGGGUAUGACGGGUGCAACUGGACCUAUUGGUCCUGGAGGUCCAGCUGGUGUGCCUGGUCCGAGGGGUGUCAAAGGACCUAAAGGUGCCACUGGUGGAGCUGGUCCUAAGGGAGAGAAAGGUGUCCAAGGACCAGCAGGACAACCUGGUCCCCCUGGUGAUGUCAUCCAGCCGUUACCCAUUCAUAUCCCACAGAAAUCCAAGCGUUCCAUCGACGCCAGUAAGGUGCUGUUUGAGACUGACGCUGAAGCCGCCGACACCGCUGGCACAGAGUUCCUGACCGGUAAUGAAGGUAUGGAGGAGAUCUUCGGCUCGCUCAACUACCUGCGGCAGGAGAUCGACAGCUUGCGAUUCCCACUGGGAACACACGAAAGCCCGGCCCGCACCUGCCAGGACCUCCACCUCAGCCAACCGGAACUGAAAGAUGGCGAGUAUUGGAUUGAUCCAAACCAGGGCUGUGCUCGUGACUCUUUCAAAGUUUUCUGCAACUUCACAGCGGACGUAGAGACGUGCUUGUAUCCCAGCAAAACAGUAGAGAAUGUAAAGAUGAACUCUUGGUCAAAGGAGAAGCCUGGAUCCUGGUACAGUCAGUUUGCUAAAGGAAACAAGUUUACAUACGUAGACUUGAGUGGAGAACCUGUGGGUGUCGUCCAGUUGGGAUUCUUGCGGUUGCUUAGCGUCCAGGCCCGUCAGAGCCUUACCUACCACUGCCAUCGUUCAGUGGCCUGGGCAGACCGCAACGCCGACAACGGCUACCAGAGGGCGCUUCACUUCCAGGGUGCCAAUGAUGAGGAGCUGAGCUAUGAGAGCAGUCCCUACAUCAAAGCCCUCAUCGACGGAUGCUCUUAUCGUAAGGGUUACGACAGGACAGUACUGGAGGUCAACACUCCUCAGGUGGAACAACUUCCUCUGCUGGACAUCAAGAUCUCAGACUUUGGGGAGAACAAUCAGAAAUUUGGUUUUGAAGUAGGACCUGUCUGUUUCCUGGGAUAAACACACACACACACACACACUAAUGGAAAGAGAAUUACAAUCACAGACACAGACACACAUACACACAUAUAGUGCUGCCAACACUAAUAAAGACAUUUGAAGUUAGGUUUAAGAAGUGGGAACACGUACGUAAACACACACAAACACAAUGUUGUGAAACAAAGUUGCACACAACUACAUGCCCAGGGAAAAACACUCCCAGCCGUGGUCAACAGAGGAGAAGAGAGCCCUGCCGAAAGGUUCUCAAGGGACAAGAGAGAAGAUAUCGAUGAACAUGAAGGUGUUUUCUGACCUGUCCAGAUACUGCUGGGAUCCACCGGAAGAUCCUCACGUCUCAGCCCCCUCUCACAUCCAUCUCCCCUCCUCACUGCUUCUCUUCUGACGUUUUCCACUCCUCUUCCUACCUCCAAACGUGAGCGUUACUUUUAUAGUCCUGUGCAAAGCUCCGCUCCCCAUUUUCACAUAGAAUAUAACAACAAUUCAAACUGAGGAAUUCAAGCUAUGCGAGGAAAAUUUCAAUCAUGAGGUGAAACAAAGCCAUUUUUAUAUAAAUUGUCAUUAAAUUAAAGUCAAAGCCAUUAUUAGUGUUAAAUUGUAUUGUUGUACAUUUAUUAUGGAAUGAUGAAACCUGUCAGAAUUUGCAAUUUGUGCCGUAAAACUCACUGCCAAGUGCCAACUUACCAGUCGAGUAUUUCUGGUGAAAGACGUAAAGCUGGUUAUUGUUUUACAACAGAGCUCUUUAUAGCUUCAGCCUCAUAACAAUGAGGCACAUGUAGAUAUAUUCCUGUCUGUCUGACAAUCCAGUUUUCCUUUUUAUAAACUUUUUACAUAGACAGUGUUCAGGCUGGAGUUGAAGUGCAUUAGAUCCAUUUGUACAGAAAUCAUUUUAUUGUAUUUAUUUUGUGAAACAACUAGGUGCUCAGAACGACCAAAACUUGCAGUACAGAGUAAUGUGGUAUAUCAUUGUAAUUAUUUCCUGUAGUUUUUGUCAUCAAUCUAUUAAAUAUGUCAAUUAAAACCCCAGACAGCAUAUCUGCCUUCUCUGUAUGAUAUACACGUUGAUUAUUUCAAUGCAUCUGAGUUGCAGCGUGAGGCUCAGGUGAUGCUGGUGCAGGUGGAGACGACUCGAGAUUCAGACAGCAGUGGUGAAGGGACAGAAAGUGAGAGGGUGCGAACCUGAUGCUGGGUGGGAAAUAUGAUUGGUUUUAUGUAUAUUUUUUGUUUCUUUUUUAAAACACGAGGGGAAUGAAAAGCUAUAAAAAAUUAUUUGUGAAUUAAAAGUUGUUUGUGUGGUUUUCUCGCAAAGACAAUACAGACGGGAUUGUUUUGGUCUGUGCAAGACAAACGUCUGGCUUUAUAAACUAUGGUGCUAAAAACUUGUUUUAAAAUCUCUUCUGUAAUAUAUAAUCUAUUUAAAGAGCUGUUUGACUCCUUUGUUGUCAUUUUCCACUUUCCUGUUAAUAUUAUGUCACACUUGGAGCUUUUACUAAUAUUUGAUAUUUUAUUAACUCUCUUGAACCCACAACAGUUGUCUUCUGUCUCCGUGAACCCAUGAGAUUCAUACAGCAAGUUUCCCUCAAAAAUCUAAAACUAUUCCUGAAAGGUCCUGUUUGUUUGGGUUUUGUACUGUUGUUUUGGUCCAAAUAUUUACAUUAAACCACACAU